GUAUAUCUUUGCCCUUUUUUUGGAGUACAUCUUUUGUCAAUUUCACAAAUUGGUUUGCCCUAAUUUUUCUUCCCAUGCCGGUAUGAUUUCCCAAUUCUCCCUCCAGCAAUAGCAGUUGACGACGAAAAUGGCGUCAAUUGGGACACUAUACCUCCGCGCGCCAUCGCUCAUUCCUCUUCGAAGUUCGUUGGAUCAGCUGCGGUUUCGGUCGGACUUGGGAGUGGCUUUUGAUUAUACCAAGUGGAAUAUAAGAGUUACCUGCAGAAAGUUUGGGGUGAGAGCUGUGGGUUCCGAUGAACAGGGGCGCCUGUCUAAAGACGCCGUCGUGAUUGUGAAGUACGAGAAGGAAGAUGCUGAGAAACCUAGGCAAAAUGUAGUAGCGAAAUUGAAGGAAUCAAUAGACUCUCUCCCGGUGUUCGUCUUCUCCGAGACUGGCAAACUUUCUGCUACACACCUUACAAUUGGAUUAUGCUUUCUAGCGACCAUGUUAGUUAUUGUGGUAAGAGGUUUAACAGCAAGGAAAUCAAGUUACAGUCGGCCAGGCUCUGUAGCUGAUCUCGUUCGCCGUGGGCAGCUUAGAUCAGAAAGAAGAGGCAUAUCUACACCUCUCAAGUAUGAAGACCCAUUCAAUAACCCCAUGGUGAAGGUCAGCAAAAGCAAUUCAACUGUCGAGAUGUGUGGAAAAGUGUACCGCUUAGCUCCCGUGACCCUUACAGAUGAGCUGCAAACAGUGCAUAAAAAGCGAAGAUCCCGUGCAUAUCAGUGGAAGAGACCAACAAUGUUUCUGAAGGAAGGAGAAUCAAUGCCUCCUGAUGUAGACCCUGAUACUGUCAGGUGGAUUCCUGCAAAUCAUCCCUUUGCAACCACAUCUAGUGAUAUUGAUGCAGAUUUGGCUCAAAACAAUGUGUACCAGAAGCAUGGUGUCCCAUCCCGUGUCCAGGCAGAACAUGAGGCCCUGCAGAGGAAGCUUGAAGAGCUACAAAAUGACCAAAAAAUCAACAAAUUAGUGAUAGAUCCUGCUGCAUCCAGGGACUUGGAGAGGUCGCAAAUGAAGUCGGAUAGUCGAGAAGAGGAUAAUGGCACAUCUACUAAUCCUACAACGGGCCUCAAUUCUCCUCCUCUGUCUGAUCAUGUGAACAAACCCUUGGGGCACAAACCACUACCACUACCUGAGGAGUUGCAGAAGCCAUAAGUUUUUCAUUGCCUAUAUAUCCAAGAAAGCUAAACUCGUGCUGAGAGUGAAAGUUUUGAUUUCAAGUGAUGAGAAUUAGCAAUUACUGCAUCUUAUAAUAAUCAGAGGGUUUAGCCAAUUAUGAAAUCCAGCUGAUUUGUGGAGUUCCAAAGAGGCAGGGGGGUGAGAAACUUGAUCUGGUGUAUAUAGAGUUGUGUUCUUUCACAAUGUGGUUAUUAUUAGAGGGUGUCUCAGAUGACACCCGUCAGUUGACGGUUGUUACCUCCCCCAACCCCCGCUUAAACCCCAUCCAACCACCCUGCACCCCCCUUCCCUUAAUUGCUAUUUUGGGCUUUUUUGGCAGAACUAAUUCCGCCAAAUUCACAUGGGAUGUUCAUGUGAAUUUUUCCAAAACAAAAUAAAGGUCUGUUU